UGACAUGCGGUAUCUAUUCAAGUGGUCGGUCCAUAGAUUUGCAAUUCAAUCUAUGGAGAACACUCCCAGUUUUGACAUCUUCCUGCUGUUUGAUGACAGCUGACAUUGACAUUUGGGCUGAGAAUCUGGGAAACAAACAGAAAAAUUCAUGAAAAUAUUUUCUUGCUCAGUAAAAUAUUUACAUGUAACAUUUUAAGAUUUUUCCUUUCAUCUUUGUUAAAAUUACCAAUUUAUGUCUAUUCAUAUUCGAAGUGCAGUUUCCAUGUGUGUAAAUAUGCCGAAAUGCAAAGGGAUAAGAUUGAUAGUCAUGUAAACAUCAACAGNGGUAGAGGAUAAAUGGUGAAAUAAACCUUAAAAAUGUCUAUAUUUGCCAAUAAAAGUAAAAUCAUAGCCGAAAUUAUGAAGUUUUCUUUUCAUCAUAGAGCUUUUUAUUGCUAUCUUGGUAUGAGUUUGUGGAUAUUUUUUCUUAUCACAGUUAUGUACAAAUACAUGUCGGUUGGCGAGGAAACUACAUCAGUUAAGAAAAUCGUACAAAAUGAAUACAUAUCAAAGAGUGAUCUGAAGUAUAGAAAGUUGUACCUUAAGGCUUGUAAUCCUCCAGAAAACAUAAAAAGAGGAACAGAAGGUUUGGUUGACAGUGACACUUGGUUCCUGCAGGGUGUAUUGGUGGUGACUCGUCACGGUGACCGUGGGCCUCUCACUCACCUCAAAGGCGGCGAUAAGUUGCCCUGUGACAUUCCUCCUGUCUCACCACUUCUAAAAAGUUAUGAGGAGUUCGUGGUGAACGCGAGUGGUUCAGGGCGCGCGUGGUGGGUGUCGGGUCCCGGCCCGUUCCACAACUUCCCGUCGCUGCCUCCGAGAGCUUCGGGCACCCACUGCGCUUUAGGCCAGCUCACACCCCGAGGGUUGCUACAGAUGCUGACUGUUGGUACCAUUUUGAGAGAAGCAUAUGGUGAUAAAUUGAAUUUGGAUGUGGUGGACCCUCAAGGAAAAAAAGAUACAGGCGAAGUGGUGUCAUACAGCACGCGCUACCGGCGCACGUUUCAGUCUCUAGUAGCUUUAUGGUGGGGCGCGGGCGGUGGCGCGGCGGGCGCGCGCGCGGCGGCGGCGCGGGAGGCGCACAGCGUGGCCUUCUGCUUCAGGGACUGCGCUUGCGCAGCGCAUCAUGCGCUUAACAAGAAAAUCAACAGCCAAUCGAAAAACCGACUCGAAUCCCACCCAGCCAUCAAGGAUCUAGUCGCAAAGCUGUCUCGAGUGCUAUUCGAGUCCCAAGAACACAGCGACCCGGACGUCGUCAGAGACGCCCUACUGGCUUACAUGUGCCACGACGCGCCGCUGCCCUGCUCGGAGAAGACCAAGAAACCGAAACCCAGAGUGCACAAACACCAAAGGAGAUUCAGAGGCGAUAGCGUCGCCCUAAGAAGCCUUCUCGACGUCGACAUUGAUACCUUGAACAUGGAACUCGACUACAUCAACAACCAGCUCGAUUUCAACAACGAAAUCGGCCGAAAGGCGAGAGAUAUCAUCGGAAAAUACUACGACAGCAAAGACAAGAAGGCGCCUUUAGACUUCGACGCUCAGAUGGAAAGAGAAAAGCUGCUAUAUUACCAGCAAAGGUACAUGGAUAACGCCGAUACGUACGACGACGUUGUGAUCGUCAAGAAAAACUUGGACGCGGAUUUCAAUUUCCCGAACGAUGCACGAAUUGACACGGACUUCGACGAAGAUUACAAGGAACCCACCCCAGAGAAUACUGAGGACUUUUGCAUAGGAAAGGAACACGUUAUGUCGCUAUUUGCGUACUUAGAAUGGAGUUACAGACAGGAGAUUAAAAACAUGCACAAUAGGAGACGAGGUUUGCUGGUCGCGUACGGUUUGAUACACAACAUAGUGCAGAAUAUGAUACGGAUGAUCUCAGAAAACAAGCCGAAGUUUGUGAUAUAUUCUGGCCACGAUAAGACGUUGCAGGCUCUGAUUUUAGCUUUGGGGCUGAACAAUUACCAGCAUUACAAUAUCCAGUAUGCUUCGAGGAUGAUAUUCGAGGUGUACAGAAAGAAGGAUUUGAGGGACGAGUUUAAGUUUACGAAACGGAAAGCGGUGGCUCAAGACUUUUUCUUCCGAGUUGUGUAUAAUGGUGAGGAUGUGACUGGGAAGUUGAGUUUUUGUAAGUCCCGGCAGAAUGUCGUCAUGAAGGUGGUUGACCCGGUGGAUGAUAUGAAGACGUAUAACACAUAUUUGUGUCCAAUAGAGAGUAUAGUUCGGUUCAUUCACGACGAUUACUUCGCGGUAUUCAACGUGAGCAACUUUAAGGACGCGUGUGCGACUUACGGUAAUGGUAAGCACGCUUUAUAAUAUUGUGAUAAGUUUACGCCUCUAAUUUCUCAUAUUUAUUAUACAAUUUGAACUCUGAACUGAUAUAUUUAAAUGUUAUUUUAGUUUGCUUUCUUUGACAAGAAUAAUCUAAUAUAAUGAAGACGGUACAUCAUGGUAAACACGAGGCUGGCUUCUUAUUGUUGUUGCAAUAGGGGUGAUAUUGCAACAAAAAUGUAUUACCUGAUGUUCUGACGACUAUACACAACGUAUCUUUAUUGAAGUAAACUUAAUAAUUCAAAAUGACAAGUAUUAUUAACAAUUUUCCUGUGACCUGCUUGGAUCUCGAUUAUUUAUUUAAUUUAAACUUUAUAUUUUACAUUUUAAGCUUUAAUGUAUAUUAUUAUUGUAAGUGAUCUCAUCUGACCUGAUUUCUAUUAUUAUAUUAACUGUAAUAAUAAUAAUGAAAAUAAGUAUGUUUAACGUUUUGUGAAUAUGAGAGACUGGUUUUAAGUAUUAAUUUUUUUGCCAUAUUAUGUUGAGAUUUAUGUUAAAAUUUUAAAUAGAUUUGGUUCUAAGAUUUUAACUAUCUCUAACACAACACAGUUUUUACUAGGUUUUGCUGAUAUUGGCGAUAAUUUUGUUAUUUUUCAAAGAGAUGUAACAUUAAAAUAACAAAUUAAUAUGAUAUUAAGUUAGGCAGUGCACUGCCUCUUUUUAUUAUCAAAGGAAAGAAAAAGAUAGUAGACAUUUUAAAGAGAUAGUUAAACCUUAGAAAUUAGGUCCAACGUACAUACGGCCACACUGUUAACUAUCCAUUUCCGUUUUUGCUCUCGCUCUCAUCAAAUAAUUCUUUGCGAUAGAACGAGACGACAUGACCGGCAAUGGGUAGUUAACACUGUUGCCGAUAGCACGUGCUAGCAUUUAUUUAUUUAUAGCACACGUGAAUACAAGAGAUUAAUUUUAUGUGUAUUAAGAAAAUACUUUCAUUGUAUGAGUUUGUUGCGUCUUAAUAUCAAACUAAACGUAUAAUAAUGUGAUUACGUAUAUUAAUGCAUUAUCAGCAAUUUAAAAGCAAUAUUUACUUAUGUUAUUAGUAGUACCUACAUAAAUUUGUCAAUUUUAGUACAAAGUAGUAACGAUCCUUAAGUUUCCUGAUUUUAUAUUAUGUCACAAAUAGUAAAUAAUUAAUAUACUGUUUUCUUAUUGUAACUAGGACUUGUAAAAGUGAUGUUUCACAGUCUCCACGUUACACUCUGUACAAUUUAAUCUAAGUCAAUAUUUUGAAGCAACAUAUCAA